UCACCACACCUGCAGUACCGUCGACAAACUGUUCCUGCAGCAGCUCAAGGGCAUUGUCAAACCAGACUGUUAGUGUCGAGCUCUCACUAACGACCGCAAUCUGCUGCCUGCAAGAGGCAAGGCGUUGCAGUGGAACCGCGGAACCUGACGUGCUCGCAUCACGUUUAGACGGCCCGAGCUAGGCAGCUACCAUUACCGCUCCCCCAGCUACCUCAUCUUCUCCUUCCAACCUCCACUUCCACCGACCUGCACCGCCCAGUAGCACCCUCUCUCGACUGCUGCAUUCUUCAAGCAGUAUCGCGCCGCAGCGAGUUUGCAGCGUCGCUCUGUUGCACCCUUGCCGACAGUCGACUAUCGUCAGCCGCCUCACUUGCCCGCCAUGGCUGCCACCAACGUCCCCGUUACGCUGGACACGCCCAUCAUUAUUAAGGUCCUCUUCCGCGGCCAGACCAGGAAGCUCAAGCUGCCACUGAAGGAUCUCGGAGCGAACGUUCUUCCAGAGAAGCUUCGUGCCGGCCUCCAAAUUCACGAUGACGAGCAGGUCGUCUUCGAGCGCUACUCCGACUCAGCCGCCGCGUACGUCACCCUCGACUCGAACGCGCCUUCUGUCUACAAGACGCUCUUCCGCGCCGCAAAGGCGAAGCUCAAGCUCCGUCUGAGGGCCACAGUUCCGGGCGGGUCUUUUGAGCUCCCUACGCCUGCUCCUCCCGCGCUCCCUCGUGCAGCUAUUCCAGACGCCUCCGUCUUCCGCCUGAGCUCCGAGACCCUGACUCCUCAGGUCGCUGCUCCCACCUCUCCAGUCAUUGCCCGCUCUCCGGAGGCUCCCAAGUUCGAGGCGGUCAGCCCGGUCUCGCCUUUGAAGCCUGCAGACGAUGGAGAGGCUCCUGUGUCGAGGCCGUUCACAACCCGCCAGGCCUUCUUCGACAAGCUUUCCAAAGCUCCACACAACGUCCCGCUUACAUUCCGUCCCAAGCCAUCAGCAGCAUGCACUGCCUGGGUUGUGUACUGUAACAACUGCAACCACCCCAUGGAUGAUGAGCACUUCCACUGCAGCGUCUGCGACAAUGGCGAUUACGAUCUCUGCCCUGCCUGUGUAGACUCUGGCAUGCACUGCCCCGGAGACGGCCACUGGAUGGUGAAGCGUUUCGUGAAGAACGGCAACGUCGUGAACAGCACCACCCAGCGUAUUCCACCCAAGGUCAAGGCCACAGAGCCAAAGGAUAUCCCCGGCGCCUUCACCGACGAGAAGCAGUCUGUUACAUAUGAAGAGGAGGCGACACGCACCUGCAACAGCUGCGUCAAGGUUCUCUCCGAGAAGGAGUUCGUUACAUGCACUGUCUGCGAAGACUACGACCUGUGCCUGGAUUGCCACACAGUCAACAAGCACGGCCACCACCCCGGUCACGCUUUCAAGGGGGCUACCUCAGAGACCUCAUUGUCUGCUUUGGGCAAUGCUCUCUGCAACCCGGGCCGCAACGCACGCCACAACGCAGUUUGCGAUGGAUGUGACAAGUUCAUCUACGGUGUGCGCCACAAGUGCCUGAACUGCCCAGACUGGGAUUACUGCUCUCAGUGCUUGCAGAGUGCUAAGAUCAUCCACCCCCGUCACCGCUUUGUGCCAAUCUACGAGCCCCUCACUGAGCCUCUUUCGAGCGGUUGCCGUCACUACGGCAUCUACUGCGACGGUCCUCUGUGCAAGGACAAGGAGAACCUUUCGUACAUUGAGGGUACACGCUACAAGUGCGCGGUGUGUCACGACACCGAUUUCUGCCAGAAUUGCGAAGCGCACCCGAGCAACAAGCACAACCACACGCACCCUCUCAUCAAGUUCAAGACUCCCGUCCGCAACGUCAGCGUCACUACCAUGGACGAGAAGGUCAACAACUCGAUCACCGCUCUUGGGGAUCGCCGACCUGCGUCCAGGCGCUCGACUGCCACCGAGACUGCCCCUGUGGCUCCUUCGACAAAUGCUGCCACCCAAGUCCAGACAAUUGUUGACCUGAGGCCAUCAGUUGAGCCGGUCAAGAAGGAGAAGAUUGCCAUUCAGGACCUCUUGUCCGAGCCUCCUCAGGAGAAGCCUGUUGUUGCGAAGACCGAGCAGAAUCGCGAAGUCUAUGAUGCACACUUUAUUCGCGACACCAUCAUCGAUGGCUCCAAGAUCUGCGCUGGUCAGCAAUUUGUGCAAGUCUGGACACUCCGCAACCCUGGCCCCAACGCAUGGCCUGCGGGCUGCAGCGUCCGAUACGUUGGUGGUGACAACAUGCUGAACAUCGACACCACCCGCCCAUUGAGCCAAGCCGAGCUUGCCGAUGCCAGCGAGAGUAACGUCAUUUGCGCUCCGGUACCGGCUGGUGAGGAGGCAUCUUUCCGUGUUGUCAUGAAGGCUCCCCAGCGCGAAGGUACUGCCAUCUCUUACUGGCGUCUCAAGACCGCUGAUGGCAUUCCUUUCGGUCACCGACUGUGGUCCGACAUUCAGACUGUCGCCGCUCCGGCACCAGUUCCUGUCCAUGUCUCUGAGGUCGCCGAGUCUUCUUCAUCGUCACAUAUGUACGAGACCCUUCUCCAGGCCAGGCUAGAGAAUAUGAAGGCUAUUCGUCAGUCGCAGGCACAGCAGCUCGAGCAACAGAAGAUGGAGCGCAUCCAGCAGGUUCGCAAGGCUGCAGUCGAGCGCCUGCUUGAGAACCGUCGCAAGGAGCACGCAGCUGCUCUGGCUAGCAUCAGACCAGCUCCCGUACCAAAGGUCGCGGAGACUGCCAAGGAGCUUACCGCCGAGCUUCCAGUCGAAGAGAAGCAACCAGAGCGUCAGCCUGCAGUCCAAUCCUCGGGUAUGAUCUUCCCUCAGUUGGACAAGGAGUCGCCCGAGUCUAGCACAUACGAGACUUCUACCGUCCAGCCGCAGUCUCCCGUGUCCGAGAAGAGCACCAUCGCUCGCACCGUCACCGUCGCCUCCGAUGAGGAGUUCUUUGAGGAUGCCGAGAGCGUUGCUCUUCACUCUGAUGAUGAAGGGUUCAUGACGGAUGAGGAGUAUGACAUUCUUGACGCCAGCGACGAGGAGACACAGUAGGUGUCAGUCGGAAAGUCAUGCAACAUCUCAGCACGCCUAUCGGUAUUUACUUGUUACGGAUCUUUCGGGUUCUCUUGGCGUUCAAAUUGGGUAUUAGCGAUGACGCUCCUUUGCUGAAGGCGCUGGUGCAAUCUUCACCACACCCUGACGAGAUGGCGACAACAGGGUGCUGCAGGGCGCUCUGGAUGGAUAUGGUGUGCUCUUG